AUGUGGAGAUUUAGGAACGUUGUGAGACUCUCCACUUGUUUCAAAUUUCGAAACCGCUGCAUUUGCGCACCCAAAUUUCCUAGUUUCCAGCAAAAUGAGGAAAAACGGGGCUUCAACCACCCUAAGACAGAUUCUUUGGCGUUUUUAGGGUUCACAGGACUUGUCAUUGCUUCCUGUGAUAACCGAACGCAAAGUAACAAGAGAUUAUUUCGGGCUGCCCAGUAUGGCGUUGUAGAAGAAUUAAAAACUCUUAUUAAAAAUAAAGCUAAUUUAAACGCACGCCACGAGCUGGGCUGGACCCCUUUAAUGGUGGCCGCAGUCAACAAUCAAUAUGAAGCGGUUAAAGCACUUCUAGAAGCGGGGGCAGAGCCCAAUUUGGGUGAAGAAUUUAUCAGUGCUAAGCGGACGGCUAAGGAAAAGGGGCUGCACCCAAUCGAAGUUCUCAUGACUCGGGAGGAAGAAUUUUCAAAUAGUUUAAACGCCAAAGUGUCAUUUAGGGGUUUUACAGCAUUGCAUUACGCCGUCUUGAUUAAUAAUUUGAGUAUUGUUAAGCUUCUAAUAGAUCAGGGGGCUGACCCUACUAUCGAAAACGAAGCCGGGCAUACCCCCCUUGCAUAUGCUGUUGAAGGUGAUUUGAAAAACUACUUGCAAGAAAAAACCUCAAAGUUUGAAGAAAUCAAAAAGCAAAACGAAUUGGAAGAGCGCCGAAGGUUUCCGCUGGAGGAAAGACUCAAAACACGCAUAGUUGGCCAAGAAGGCGCAAUCACAAUAGUUUCUGCAACCAUUCGUAGGAAGGAGAACGGUUGGGGCGAUGACGAGCAUCCUUUGGUGUUUUUAUUUUUGGGCUCUUCCGGGAUAGGCAAGACUGAGUUGGCCAAACAGUUGGCUGCGUACAUUCACAAGGAGAAGCCCCAAGCUUUCAUCAGAUUGGACAUGUCCGAGUAUCAGGAAAAACACGAAGUUGCUAAGCUGAUUGGGGCACCUCCGGGUUAUAUCGGACAUGACGAAGGGGGCCAAUUGACCUCGCGUCUAAAACAGUGUCCAAACGCUGUUGUUUUGUUUGAUGAAGUGGACAAAGCCCACCCUGACGUCCUUACAGUUCUUCUUCAAUUGUUUGACGAGGGGCGACUUACAGACGGUCAUGGUAAAACAAUCGAGUGUAAGAAUGCGAUUUUCAUCAUGACUUCGAAUUUGGCCAGCGACGAAAUAGCACAGCAUGGCUUGAAGUUACGGCAGGAAAUUGAAAAUUUGCGGGCCAACAGAUUGAGUAACACAACAGAUGAAGAAAUUUCCGAUAAUAUAACCAUCUCCCGGAAAUUCAAGGACGAGGUCGUCAAGCCCAUCCUGAAGCGGCACUUUAAACGCGACGAGUUUUUGGGGAGAAUCAACGAAAUCGUCUAUUUUUUACCCUUUUCCAGGACCGAAUUAUUGCAGCUUGUUAGUCGGGAAAUGUCAGUGUGGGCACAGCGAGCGAAAGAUAAGCACAAGAUCGAUUUAAAUUGGGAUCGAAGUGUGGAGUCGGCUCUUGCCGACGGUUACGAUGUCCACUACGGUGCUAGGUCAAUAAAAUAUGAAGUGGAGAGACGCGUUGUUAAUCAGUUGGCUGCGGCUCACGAAAGUGGCUUUAUUGGGAAAGGAAGUGUGGUUCAGGUUACCACAGUGUGGCAUGAAAAAACCCUAAGUCCGGAGAUUAAGUUGAGGGUGAAGAGUAAAGGAGCCAAGGGUUUUGUUGAUGUGGAAAAUAAUAAAUUGCCAGUUAGAAAUGUUAAUUCUGUUUUUUAACAUUUGUAGAGCUGUAUUUAUGUAAAUAAACGUUGUUUAGAAA